AUGAAUGAUUCCGUUUUCAUAUUCUUUUUACCUGAACAUAAGCUGUUAUACCAACGUGUAGGAUUCUUUAUGUCUGAAGAGUUGUCGAGUCUAAUGAUUGUCGAUGAGGAUGACUUUGUGAAGGAGAUCGCUGAAUCUGUGUCCAUCAUUCGGGAUGCAGGAAAAAUAUUUGAACGGAGAAAUGACGUCUUUACGGAAGUCAUGGGCAAACGUCCUAUAGAAAAUGGCGAAUCGUCUGCUCUGAAGGCUACUGAGGACGCGGUGCAUGAAGAGAAGCCUAAUAGAGUGCCGGCUUCAAUUUUUCUUUUUCUCCAGGAGCACUCUGAUUUCGUGAAGUUGGCGCUAGAAGAUGAAAUCAAUGAUGACAUCGUCGUAGUUGAUGAAUGUGGUGAUGGUGAUGAGUUGGACACACCUACUUCCGAAGAGCGCGAACUAUCCAAGAAGCCGAGAAACUAUAAGCGAAAAAUUGUUCGCAUACCGAAAGAAGUGUUCGAUUACAUGGCAAGAAUAGAAGACGAUGGUGUUGUGAGAUUAAAUAUUACGCAGCUGUUUGUAUUUCUUACAAACGAGUUAGCACGGAAAUCCAUCCAUGUUGAUGCAAAUACUUGGGACUCUACAGAUAAGGUUCCAAUUCUGGAUGUUAGUGUUCCACCGACGGCUAAACUCAAUCCAACUUUGAUUGUUGACAAUUUCGAUAAUGAUCCAGUUCAUCGCGAAGCACAGGAAACAAGGCUCAAAUCUAUUCUUGAGCAUAGGCAGUCGCACAUCCACACUAUUUUGAGGAAACCGAGGCUGCAUGCUAAUGAAACUGCUGUCUCAAAAAUUUUAAGUGUUAACGUGCAGAUGGAUAAAAGUCUUGCUAAGAGACAGCUCUGGAGAGAGAAAAAAGGAGAAGAACGGAAGGAAAGAAAUGAAGAAAAGAGUGUUAAUCUCGUCCAUGAGAAAACGGAGAAAGGCAACAAAGAAAAAUCGUUGAGCAUUUUGGAGUUGCGACAAAAACGUUUGGCGGUACACGAUGCUUUAUCAACGGCUGAGGAAAGUAAUGCUGUUGGAAAACAAUCGGGGUUGUAUAGUAGUAAUUCCACUUAUCGAAAACCUAAUACAAGAAUUUUUCCGAAUAGGCGUGACGAGUUAACACCUCACUCUAGAGCAGGAGGGGAAACAAGGAUAGGAAACAAACAUUUUAUCGGCCAUAUUCUUCAUCACUGGCAGCUUCGAAUGCAAGUCGAAAUGCUACAGAAAGGCAGUUUGCUUCAGUUUAUUACCAGCAUGACGGACGAAAUAAACAGCAAAGAUAUAGUUCGUAAUCGAGAAGGAUCAGUUGAGGUGUCGCCGUGGUCUAGACAGCCGCUCAUCUCACGAGAAUUACAUAAGUUAGAGGAAGUGAUGCGCAGAGCUGCGCAAAAUAAUGCGUCUUCAAUCGAUGCAGCGAGACAGGUGGAAGAACUUGGGCUGAGUUCGGUAAUGGGUACCAUGCUAAAUGCAACAAAUCAUGUGGACCUACAUGUUCCUUCUAGAGGUCAUUCGUUUAGCUACUCAUCAUCUUUACCAGUCCGACCGAUUGCAUCUAUGACUAAUAAUUCGUUGUACCGCAAUCACAACGAUCCAUUUGGCACACCGCAGCCGGAUAGAGGCGAUUUUAAUUCUCGCGUUAUAAAUGACAUGGAGGGUAGUGCAUCACGAACUCCUCGAAACAUAACUACCUUUGUUGAGCCUCAUGGCAAUGUUAAUGAGAGUGGCUCUAAUUUCUCUCAUGGUGGCUGCAUUUCUUAUCCUUUGAUGACUUCCGCUGCUGAGACUCGGGGAAACCCUAAUAUACCAACGUUUUCAAAAAAAAACGUGUUUAGUUUGGACAGUCGUAUUCUGCAUUUGGAAAUCGAACUUAUGGACAGAGGACCCAGUUUGGAAGAAAUCGUGCGAGCUCUCCAAGGCAAGUAG